CGUCGUAUAGGAACUGUUCUCCAUACUUUCCAAGUUUCCGGUAAGAUAGAGCAAGAGAGCAGAUUCUACAUCUAGGGAGUAGGGAUUCUCUAUACUUUAAGCACUAUACGAGGUCGUAUAGGAACUGUUCUCUCGCUCUCUCUCUGACUGUGCAAGUUUGUUUCCUGUUUCAGUUAUGUAGAUUGAUUGUGUCUUGAUGGUGUUAUUAUGAAGAAAGUCCAUUUGUGGGAAGCUCACAUAAAACCUUGCUUCUGUUCUUGUCUUCUGGGAAAUCCAUUUUGUUUGAUACCCUCUAUUUGAUAAUCUGAAUGGCGCACACCCUGAGUUUGAUUUCUACGUGCCUGCUCAAAUUUGGGUCAAUUUCUGGAACCAAGACUAUGCAUGGCCAUGGAAAGUGGAGGACAUUUGUUUCAAGAUCUUCGUCUGGUGAACUAUUGAGUAUCCGAGCUGUGCAAGAGAAUGAAGGGCCUCGACGACUGGUUGACAUUGUUCGAAUUGUUCCAGAAAUCACAAGGAACUACUUCAGAAGUCGUCCUCGGAGGGCACUUUUUGGGGGUAUAUCCUUAUUGGGUGGCUUUUAUGUGGCACAGACUAUCUCCCUCUCAUUUGGAGCUUUGGGAGUCAAUGAUGUAAUUGCAGCGGUAUUGUGUGUUCUCCUUACAGAGUACGCAACUAGGUUCUAUUACAGCCGGCCAAAGGUGACUUUCCCCCUUGCUCUCCUGAACAACUUCAAGAUGGGUUUCACUUAUGGUCUCUUCAUUGAUGCUUUCAAACUUGCCAAAUUUGGUAUUAGAAAUGCUAUCUCUGCUCUACGAGUAUAUUGUGCUGAAGAAACAUACCCCCUUCGGAACCAUUCAUGUUGUUGCCUGUGGAUCAUUCACCCUCUUGUUAUUUCUCCAUUUGAUAACUUCCUCAAUAUAUCACUUGUAGAUGAAAUUUUCCAAGGAAUUGGUCAGGUGUUUUCUCUGAAACUUGCUCUAAUUGGAACUGGACUCCUACUGAGUAUCUGA